CAACAAAAGCAAGCUAUGUAUGCACAGGCGCUGUCUUUAAUGGCACGAGUGUACAUCGGGUCGAUCUCUUUUGAAGUAAGGGAGGAAAUGAUAAAAAAGGCGUUCGAAGUAUAUGGCCCCAUCAAGAGCAUCAAUAUGAGCUGGGAUCCAACGACAGGCGUUGGUCGUCCAUCCAAUAUGCCACAAGCACAACCUAUCAUUGAAAUGGUGCAACAGGAUGCAAAGAAAUACCACAGAGUUUACGUGUCUUCAGUACACCCCGACCUAUCCGAAAGCGACCUGAAGAGCGUGUUCGAGGCUUUUGGAGAAGUAGUGAAGUGUCAACUGGCUCGACAAAGUGCUACAGGCAAAGGCAGUCAUCGGUUAGUUUUUUGCUAUCUUACUUGUUGGAAUCGUCAG